CGCUCACAUAUAAUAUUUCCCAUUUUUGUUGCAGACGUUAUCUGGUGGCAUCAAACAGCUUAAGUUGUCAAAUCAGAAAAGUAUCCGAUGGAACAUUUUAUUGAACCUGGUACAGAGGUUAAUGGAAACUCUGAAACACAUCCCUCGGCGAAAAGUGUUCGUAUAUCUGGAGCUUAUCAGAGUAGUUCUACGAAAGAUGUGGAAUCAAGUGAACAGAAGAAUAUAAAACAGAACGGACAUUGCCAUACAGGUUUACCACACAGAAAUGAAUCUUUCAAUGCAAGAGAUAACGACAAAAAAGGAAAAUCGGACACAAAAGAAAAGCAAAUGAGGAAUGAGACACUACAAUCUGAAGAAAUGAACACUCGGCUGCACGAAGAAACCGAAGUAAACUCUUACCCUAAUACGGAAUUAGCAAACGGUAUGGCCUAUUCGACAAGUCACCAAUUGCAAGAUUUCGUACUGGACAACAAAAAGGAAAAUCAAAACGAAUCGCAAGAAACGGAGUUAAAGUUGCAGCAUUCGGAAAAGCGAAUGGUCAGCGAGGUAGGGUUUCAGUGUGAUGUUGAGAAAUCAGAAAGAAGAGAACCCGCUAUGAUAAUACGAGGAGAUAAAAAGGAAGUCAAAACUCAGCGCGGUGACAAAACGCUUCAAGAUGCUACUACAUCCAUGAAGGCGAUACAAGAUAAUACCACAACGAUAAAAUGUAAAUUGGAAAAUGCUUCGCAUGAAAAUGAAGUGUUAAUAUUCACGUUGAAGAAGCAUAUUCAGGAACAAGAAAUGGAAAUCCAGAAAAUGAAGAACACAAAUGAACGGUGCGAAAAGGAAAAGAGUGAAAUCCAGCAAAAGUAUGACGAAGCCUUUCUGAAACUCGUGGGUGAUAACAGGAGAAUGAAUGAAAAUCUGAAGGAGAUCCAAACACAUGUGCGACGAGAGAAAAUCGAGAGUGAACGAACAAAAAACGAAGUCGAACAGGUUCUUCAAGAAAGACAAAAACUAGUUGAUCAGGUCAAAGAACUCUCCAAAGGUUUCGAAAGUAUGAUAGGUGAAAGAGAUCGCAUGGAGAUCGUCAUUGAGACAAGUAUUAGCGCUUUUGAUAGCAAGUUAUGCGAGAAGGAUGAAGAGAUACGAGAUCUGCUGGAAACAAUCGAUAAUGACAGGAAGCAGUUCAUGGAGGAACGCGACCAAUACUUGACCGUGAUCGAGUCAUUGAAAGCACAGUUGCUGCUUCAAGAGGAACACACGAGAUAUAGUAAAGCAAUAUAAAAGUAUAUGUUGUCUUUACAAAACAAGGAUUUGUACAAAACCUUUACACGUACCACUAUCAUUUCUACAAUAUAAAUUAUCAACAUGUGGUGAUUACCCAUACCUAACUCACGUAACCAAUAGCUGUUUGUUUAAAAUUAAAAAAGGGACAUAACCUGGAGCCAAAACAAAUAUUUCAACAGGCAAGGGGAGAACGUUUAAAGUUGCGAUGGCUACUGUUUUCGAUAUAUAUUUGUUUGAAAUAAUUAUUUUUUUGGUAAAUUUAUAUAUAUUAUCAUUUAUACAAAUAUUUAUUAACGUAAUCAAUGUCGAUGAGAAGAUUCCUGCCAUUGGACAUGAAAAAAAUAGUUUUUUUGAAGAGCCAAAUAAUAAGGUGCUAGGGAACACAAGUAACCAACGGAUGCCGAAGUGAGAAUUGCUGGCUACGUAGAAGUAAAUCGUCAAUAUUUCUGUUUUGUUUUGUGCUUUCUGUAGAAUACUUAAGCGGUUUGAGACCCGAAAAUUCUAUCGCUAUGCAGUGAUAAAUGUUUUACCGGAUACUUACUGUUUUCAAUUUUUUUGCAUUGUAUAUAAUAAUGCUUUCCAUUCCGUAAACCUCGUAUAUCUAUACAAUUUGAAAAUUUAGUAACUCGAGUUAGAUAAACAUGAUAACCAACAACCACUCAAUGGGGAAACUCUAUACAAUUAACAGUAUAUUUGGUUUCCAAUAAAUUUCUUAAAUUCAAUAAAAGGACUCAUUCAACCGAUUAUUGUACCAGAACCGGUAAUUUUUAUUGUUUUAUUCCUUGUAAACAAUUACAUGUAAAUUUUAUAAUAUUCCAGUCGUGCAAUUAAUAUGUUCAUAUCCAAUUAUUCAGUUAUAUUAAUGAAACAAUUGUGGUAUCCACUGAAAGUUGUAUAAAUGAUAUUUAGAUAACCCUAUAAUAGCUGGAAUGUUUAAAUCAUCUUUUUAGCAAGAUUUAUAAUGACGAUUUAUCAUUUAAGCUUCAUAGACCUCAGUAUUCACAUCUGCUUCAUAAUGUACACACAUAUGAGCAUUACUUUUGUCACAUGGUUCAUAAUAAGAGACAAUUUUAAAUGUGUACAUACCUCUAUAUCAUAAGUGUUGUUAUUGUUAUACAAUUUAUACAAGUCCUUUGCCUGGUUGUAAUCGUAUACAGAGCUUUGAUAAUAGGAUCAAUAGUUUAACAAGUGCAUUAAAAAGAAACUAAACAAUAA